GUGAAUCCAUCUCUGUCGAGCCCGUCGAGCGGAUUGAGUAGCAACAUUUCAGGAAGCUGACGUUUUGACAAAAAAAAAAAAAAAAAAUACGGGACCGGUUUGGCACUUUAAAUAGUGAACUAUCUACUACGCCGUUUAAGACAUAUAAAAAGAAAACGAAUAAACGUACUUGAAUUUAGUUUUAAUAAUCUGCCAAGAUGCCUCCCAAAAAACGCAACUCUGGAGCUGCUCAGAAGGAAACGAAGACUAGCAUAAAACAUGCCCCCUUACCAGACAAGGAAAAUCCAGAUUUAUCGGUUGAAAAGCACAAAGAGAAGGAUGCCGAUUUUGUGACUCUUUGCCAGAGUCUUCAAGUGACGGAAGCUGUGUGUGAUCAUGCCUGGACAAUAUGGAAGGCAGUUCAGGCCUCAGUGGAGAAAGUGCCUGACACUGAAAAAAGGCUUUGGGGAGUGUGUCUUUUUGUGGCUGUGACCGAUUUGGAGGUUGCAAGUUUCACAUUCACUCAAGUCCUGAAGGCGGUGGAUUUGAAUGUGACUCAGUUCUUGGCCUUGCUGAAGAAAAUGGAUGUAAACCUGGACACCAUCAGCACUAGAGUGAACUCUGCUAUGACCCGACUAGAGAAGAAAUAUAAUGUCUCUCUGGCACUGUAUCAGAGGUUUGAGAAGACUUGCAGCAAAAUCUAUACUGAGGAUGUGAAGGCAAAAUGUAUCCUACGGAGUUCCUGGACAAUGUUCCUGUUGGCUAAAGGAAGGGCUCUGCAGAUGGAGGAUGACCUGGUCAUAUCCUUCCAUUUGAUGGUGUGCGUUCUGGAGUUCUUCAUCAGGCGCUGCCCUCCCAACAUGCUGCAGCCACUUUACCAAUCGGCCAUCAGCACAGCCCAGAGCCCCCCAACACGAACCUCCCGCCGCAAUCAGAGCAAAGCAAAGCCCUGUCAGCCCCCUCCCGAGGUGGACGUGCAACUCCUGGAGACCCUCUGCAAAGAGAAUGACUGCAGCUUGGAAGAGGUAAAGAAUGUGUACCAGACCAGUUUCUCUGCGUUCCUCGACUCCAUGAGCCUCUUGGGCACUCAGGACCUUCCUCAGGCCAGUAACCUCAGUCAGCAAUAUGAGGAACUCUACCUCAAAAGCAGAGACUUUGAUGGGAGGCUUUUCCUGGAUAAGGAUGAGACACUUGUCAACGCCGAAGUUGAAUUAAUGCAGGUGGAGAGUACACCCAGGAAGAACCAGCCCGAAGAGGAUGUUGUUCUCAUCCCCCCACAGACGCCGGUCAGAGCCGCAAUGAACUCCAUUGCACAGCUGAGGGUUGAUCUCACUGCCUCUGGUGACCAACCUUCUGCCAACCUUGCAGUGUAUUUCAAGAACUGCACAGUGGACCCAACAAAGGAGGUGUUGCAACGUGUGGAAAGUCUGAGCCAGUUGUUCUUCCAGAGGUUUGGUCAAGCUGUGGGACCACGCUGUGUGGGGCUGGGCAAACAGAGGUUCACCCUUGGCAUCCGGUUGUAUUACAGAGUCAUGGAAUCUAUGCUGAAAUCUGAAGAGAAGAGGCUGUCUGUGCAGAAUUUCAGUAAACUCCUCAAUGAUUCCACAUUCCACACCUCGCUCCUGGCCUGUGCUUUGGAAGUUGUCAUGGCUACCUAUGGUGGGAGCUCAACGACCGGAGUCUACAGCAAUGGUGUCUCUCCGGAGACAGACCUAAGCUUUCCAUGGAUUCUAGAUGUGUUCCAACUGGCAGCAUUUGACUUCUACAAGGUGAUCGAGAGUUUUAUCAAGGCCGAGCCUAACCUGACCAAAGACAUCGUCAAGCACCUGGAACGCUGCGAAUACCAAAUCAUGGAGUCCAUUGCCUGGAGGGGGGACUCUCCAUUAUUUGAGCUGCUCAGACAGACUCAUGAGGAUGGCCCAGUGGAGCAAGCUGAGCCCACUGCCACCCUGAACCAACCCCUACAGCACAACCACACUGCAGCUGACCUGUAUCUUUCUCCUGUGCGCCCCAGUAACCGUACCCUGACGGCACCUGAAUGUCCGGCCACGCCCCCCUCUCAGCCCCCUGCCCCGGCACCCAACCAAACCCCUAGGCACCCCCAGUCCAAAUCUCUCAGCGUCUUCUACAAAAAAUUGUACCGACUGGCCUACAUGAGGCUGAAGAUGCUUUACACACGCCUGCUCACCUCUCAUCCUGAUUUGGAGCCAAUCAUGUGGACGCUCUACCAGCACACCCUGCAGCAUGAGUAUGACCUGAUGAGAGACCGUCAUCUCGACCAGUUGAUGAUGUCGGCCAUGUAUGCCAUAUGCAAAGUGAAAAAUGUGGAUUUGCGUUUCAAGACCAUUGUCACUGCUUACAAGAACAUGCCCAACACCAACCCAGAGACCUUUAAGCAUGUGUUGAUCCGGGAUGGCCAGUAUGACUCAAUCAUUGUCUUCUACAACCUAGUAUUCAUGCAAAAACUGAAGACCAACAUCUUGCAAUACGCCUCAAACAGGCCCCCCACACUCUCCCCCAUCCCACAAAUUCCCUGCAGCCCCUACAAGUUCCAGAACUCUCCCCUGAGAGUGCCUGGCAGCAACAACGUCUACAUCUCCCCCAUGAAGAGCCCACAACGCAUGUCUCCUGGGGUCAUGACCCCGCGUACCAGAAUCCUGGUAUCGAUUGGUGAGUCGUUUGGGACCUCUGAUAAGUUCCAGAAGAUCAAUGCCAUGGUGAACAGCAGAGAUUGGUCCUUGAAGAGGUAUGGCUGCUUUGACAGGAACUCUGCCUCCAAACCCUUGAAGAGGUUGCGUUUUGACAUGGAUGGACAGGAUGAAGCUGACGGGAGUAAAACUGAUGGAGAUUCAGCAAUGAUACAGAAAUUGGAAGAGAUUACCUCUACCCGGACCCGCGUGCAGGAACAGAUGAAGGAAGAUGCGGAGUCCAAGAAGGACAAGCCCUGAGUUCUGCAUGGACAUACUGUCUAGCAUAGUUGAGUGGACUGGUGUCUGUCUACUCCAUAUCCCCUCCAUCCUAGAUGCCUACCCUCUCCUAGGAAAAGGAAUACAUGUUUUUUCUGUACACUAGUUUUUUUAUUUGAAUAAUUUUGCCUGUUUUUAUAUUUAAGUGGUACUCUUUUUGUGAGUAAUUUGUGAAUACAGAGAAACCUUUGUCAUUGGAUGCUUUAGCUGAGUGCUUUUAAAUAACUACGUCUCCUUGUAAUUUAAAUGAUAGGACAUCAAGUAUUACCAUGUUUUAUAGAGGGACGCUAGUUUUAAGGGUGUGCUAUAAGAAAUCCCUCUUUUGAUUUGGUGUUCUGGAGUUUCUUGAAAAGUCAGAGUGAUAGAUGCAAUAUUAUGACAUGAUCUGUUCUCCUUGUCUAGUACAAAAUAGUAAAAUGUAACCUGACUUAAAAUAACCUCACUGAUCCUGAACAAGCACACCUGCAUAUGUUGUUGACAAAAUAUGCGCCUUAUGUCUUGGACAUCCCAGUAUGUUUUCUAAAUCAUGUGAUUACACAAUCUAUGACUCCGUUUGCUUUCAUAAGCUUUAAAGAUUUGCCAUAGUCUUGUUAUAUCAACAUAAGUUACAAUUAUUUUUCAAUAAAUCAUUCAUUAACUUGUAUUCCUAUUUCCUCUCAACCAUAGCCGUUGAAUGGCAAAACAUUUUUUUUUUCUCUCUUAAGUACAUUUUCUACAGUUCAAAGGGAAUCAGAAGCACUUUAUUUUACAGUACAGAAAAGACCAGGUAUUUACGUAAAUGUUAUUUAGUAAUAAUUGGCACUUUCCUGUACUUAUUUGAAGUCAUCCUGAAAAAACAAAUAAACAGU